GUCAACAUCAGCUUGGAAAUAUUUAAAGUGGAUACAGAACUAUUUCCGCCAUGCAGACAAUUAAGUGUGUUGUUGUGGGUGAUGGUGCUGUUGGUAAAACAUGUCUCCUGAUAUCCUACACAACAAACAAAUUUCCAUCUGAAUAUGUACCAACUGUUUUUGACAACUAUGCAGUUACAGUUAUGAUUGGUGGAGAGCCAUACACUCUUGGACUUUUUGAUACUGCAGGGCAAGAGGAUUAUGACAGACUACGACCGCUAAGUUAUCCACAAACAGAUGUAUUUCUAGUCUGUUUUUCAGUGGUCUCUCCGUCGUCAUUUGAAAAUGUGAAAGAAAAGUGGGUUCCUGAGAUAACUCACCACUGUCCAAAGACUCCAUUUUUGCUUGUUGGGACCCAGAUUGAUCUCAGAGAUGAUCCCUCCACUAUUGAGAAACUUGCCAAGAACAAACAGAAGCCUAUCACUCCAGAGACUGCUGAAAAGUUGGCCCGUGAUCUAAAGGCUGUCAAGUAUGUGGAGUGUUCUGCUCUUACACAGAAAGGCCUAAAGAAUGUGUUUGAUGAAGCAAUAUUGGCUGCCCUGGAGCCUCCAGAACCGAAGAAGAGCCGCAGGUGUGUGCUGCUAUGAACAUCUCUCCAGAGCCCUUUCUGCACAGCUGGUGUUACCAUCAUACUAAAAGCAAUGUUUAAAUCAAACUAAAGAUUAAAAAUUAAAAUUCGUUUCUGCAAUAAUGACAAACGCCCUGCACCUACCCACAUGCACUUGUGUGAGACAAGGCCCAUUGGUAUGGCCCCCUUAGCCCUUCCAGUGCUAGUUAAUUUUGAAUAAUUGUGUAUUGUCAGAAAAGUGAUGAGUACUAGUUUUUGUUUUCCUGUUUCAAAAACAAACUUUUUUGGGGUUUCAUUUUGUUUAAAAGCAGGCAUGCUUGUGAUGACUCUGUAACAAACUAAUGCGAACUGUUGAAGCUGCUCCCUGGCUCCAUGGUAGAGUAAUCCGGGGCAUCUUAGAAGUGUUCUUCCCCCUUCUCUCCUUUUUUGGGGGGAAGUGUAUGUGGGGUUUGUUUUUUUAGUCUUGUUUUUUUUUUUUUUUGUAAUUCAUUAAUCAGUGGACAGCCCUUAGGGGAGGAGGACGGGUUAAUUCCACAUUCCACUUCCUAGAUCUAGGUUAGAAACUGUGUUCCUCACCUGGUGCUCUUAGGAAGGAGUAUAGUAAUUGCCUCAUUUAAUAACAUACUCCUUUUUGAAAGUUGCCUUUUCUCCACCCUUCAGUAGAUCCAGUCUUUGAAGCUCAUGUAAGUGGGUGGAAGCUGUCUCGCCUCCUCUUUUCUAGGAUGCACUGUGUAUGUGACUGUGACUUCCAAGGAGAUUUGUUAGCCAUUUGCUGAUUGUGUGUGUGUGUGUGUGGGGGGGGUUAAUUUCUAACUUCUUUCAUUGAUAAAUGAAAAAAAGUAUUGCACCUUUUGAAAUAUACCAAAUGGGUUGAAAUCCUGAUUAAGAAAAAAUACGCCCCCACCAUCAGUCAUUUUCUUAUAUGCUUAGCAUAGAUUUGCAACAGUGUACGGUGUUCUUAGAACCCAGCUGCAAACCUGGCACAUAGAAUUCCUGUGAGGGUUGGUGCUAGAAGACAGAUGCCUAUGGGAUGAUGACUAUCCUCUUUCAGGUUAUGAGAACACAGGCCUGCUUCACUAAGAAGCUAUGGGCAUGUGGGGAGUGGGGGAUACUUACCAAUAUGGGGACCAGUCAAGGGUAUCCCUUUUUUUCUGUCAUGCAUAUGAGGAACCCUUGAGCAACUGGCUAAAGCUCUCUAGUUUAAUAAAAAUCAUGGCAAGAGUCUUUUGACUCUUUAUAAGUGUUAAUAGGGAUUUUAUCAGAUUAUUUUGUUUGCAGUUUCCAAUUUUUUUAAAUGUUUAGGUAAUCUCUACCUUCCCCAAAUCCUAAUUCUUGUAGAUUCUUUAGUGUUGAACCAAUGCUUUCUCAUGUCUCAUUUCUUUGUAUAUGCAUUCUUUUCAGAUGUAUUAAACAAAACCCUUCACAAGCCA